AGGUAGGUCAGUACAAUGCUCUUUUUGCACUCUCAGCCUCGGUUGGUGGAUAUAUUAGCGUCCACUGCGGCUCAAAUGAUCGGAGUGUUAGGGCACACUCUCCGAGGUUGCGUUCGCCGUCGCCGAGGGUUGCCGAAUCUACUGCUGAAUCGAUCACUCUCAGGCUACGCAGGAAUGGGUGAUGUGAUUGAGAACAGUCAUAAAGUGACCAAUUUGUUAUUUUGUAGUCCGCAUUUCCCUGCUGCAACAAAUUACACAAAGGAAUAUUUGGAAAGCUAUCCAUUUAUUAAGGUUGAUGAGGUAGCUCUAGAUGAGGUGUCCGAUGUUAUCCACAAAUACCACAUAUGUGUGGUCAAAAACCGGCGUAUGGAUGCACUGACAAUUGCCAAAGCUGUUCAGAUGAAACUAAUAAUGCAGUAUGGUGUUGGGCUUGAUGGAGUGGAUAUUGAUGCGGCUACGAAACACAAAAUUAAAGUUGCAAGAAUUCCUGGAAGUACGACUGGAAAUGCUGCAUCAUGUGCAGAAAUGGCUAUAUACUUCAUGUUGGGCCUUUUGAGGAAGCAAAAGGAGAUGGAAAUUGCUGUUAAACAAAAGAACUUAGGAGUGCCUGUGGGAGAAAAUCUCUUUGGGAAGACAGUCUUUGUUCUUGGGUUUGGAGCUAUUGGAGUCGAUCUAGCAAAGAGGUUACGGCCCUUUGGAGUGAAAAUUCUUGCAACUAAAAGAAAUUGGGCUUCAGUAUCUAUGCCAUCAAAUGAUGAAGUUGAUUACUUGGUUGAUAAGAAAGGUGGCCAGGAAAAUCUUUAUGAAUUUGCUGGAGAGGCUGAUAUAGUUGUUACGUGCUUGUCUUUAAGUGCAGAGACGGCUGGCAUUAUUGAUGGAAAAUUCCUUGCUUCCAUGAAAAAGGGAUCCCUUCUGGUAAAUAUUGCUCGAGGAGGUUUACUGGACUACAGUUCAGUUUAUCAGCACCUUCAUUCUGGUCAUCUCGGUGGCUUAGCAAUGGAUGUUACUUGGACAGAGCCAUUUGAUCCUGAAGAUCCAAUUCUACAGUUUCCAAAUGUUCUAAUCUCACCCCAUAUUGCUGGUGUUACUGAGCAUUCUUACAGAGCAAUGGCUAAGGUUGUGGGUGAUGUUGCUCUUCAGCUUCAUGCCGGAAAGCCACUGGAAGGAAUAGAAAUUGUGAACUAGUCAUCAUCCUUGAGUUCCAAGAGUGUAGUGGCUCAACUAUGAACUAGUACUGCAUGCUCAAAGCAAUUCUAUCGAGUCACUAUAAAGUAUAAACCAUCUAUUUUAUAAUGCAUGCAAUGCCUGUAAUUCAAACCACUUGACAUUUCUGGUAACGAUCUGAUUCGACUAACUCAGCUCGAAGAUUUGGGUCUCAAUAGGUCCCUAAUUUUUUA